AUGGUGAACUCUGCUGGAGUAGCCGGCGAUCAUUUGGAGCACAUCGUUUGGAAAGCGGCCAACAUCCUGUAUCAACAGGAGGAGGAGACCCAAGCAGAGCGAAUGGAGGGCUUUUUGAAGAAGAUGCGCGUCCUUGAAGAGUCGGCCUCCGGCCAGCAGGGCGAGAUCGACCAGUUGCAGAAGCAGCUGGCUGAUGAGACUGCCCGGCGGGAGGAGCUCGAGGCAGAGAGGGACCUCUUGCAGGAGAUUUUCAAGGGCGCCGGACUGGAGGACUUGCUCAAGGAUCCGGAGGCCUUGGGCGCCUUUGUAGCACGAGGCGCGGCUCUGGAAGCAGCCCUGCGAAAACUUGGCCUGGAAGGCCUCCUGGAUGAUCCGGAGGAAAUGGCCCGGCUACUGGCCCUUAUGAAGCAAGUCCAGGAGAUUCUGGAGCGCUGUGGGCUCGCGAGCUUGCUGGAGAAUCCUUCGGACUUGGAAGCUAUGUUGCUGCGCUACAAGGCCAUGCAAGGCUCCUUUUCGAAGCACGGCUUCUCGGAGCUGUUUGAAGACCCAGACAAGCUGGACAAGUUUCUGGAGACUCACCGGCAGGUUCGGAAUUCCUUCCUGGACGCCGGCUUCGAGGGCCUGCUGGAUGAUGCAGAGGCAGCCGACCAGUUCUUCAAGCAGCGCCAGGCUGACCUCGACGCCUCACUGGCCACCACCGAGGGCCUUGCAGCAAUCCAGGUCCAGUUAGAGCAGCUGACGCAGGACUUGGCGGACAUGCAAGGCCAGCGCGACGAGCUGCAACGCCAGUGUGAUGAAAGCAAAGCUCGCCUAGAGGAGCUUCAGCAGAUCUUCGCCGAGGCCGGCCUGGAACACUUGCUCUCGGAUGCGGAUGCCCUGCGGCAAUUCACCAGGAGAGGUGGCGCUCUCGAAGCCGUGCUGCGGAAGCUGGGCCUCGAGCACCUCCUCGACGAUCCUGAGGAGCUGGGUCGGCUCCUUUCCUUCAUGAAUCGCCUCAAAGAGGUACUCCAGCAAAGUGGCCUCGCCAGCCUCCUGGAGGACCCAAAAGCCUUCGAGGACUUGCUGGCGCGCUAUGGAGCCAUGAAGGCUUCAUUCGAGAGGCAUGGAUUCGAGGCACUCUUUUCGGAUGUGCAGAAGCUGGAUCAUUUCUUGGGGACGCAUCGGCAGGUGCGAGACGUCUUCCAGGAGGCUGGCUAUGAGCAUUUGCUGGAUGACUCAAGUGCAGCUGCUAGCUUUCUGCGAAUAUUCGAUCAGGGCGAGUAUGACCGGACGGUUAUGGCGAAGCUGCGCCAGGUCUUCGAGGAAGCGGGGCAAAGCAACCUGCUUCUGGAGUACGAAGCUGCCAGUACCACUGAUGCUGGGGAGGUGGAGGACACCGACUUUGCGGAAGACGAAGGGGAGGAUGAUGCCGACGAAGCAGACGAGGAGCCCGGAGAAGCAGAAGAGGAUGUGGACGAGGAGGCGGAGGAGGAGGAGGCUGAAGAAGAUGAGACAGAGAAGGAGGACACAGGUGUGAAGGAUUCCGAUGGCGCGAAGAAGGAGCCCCAGCCUCCCAAGGCGCAAAGGGAAGGCCCUCCUCGCGUCUCCUUUCCUGCGCUGCGAGCCUACCUAUCUCGAACAACAGCCUUCGAGCGGGUUCUCCGGGAUGAAGGGAUGGAGCACCUUCUAGACGACCCACCAGAGUUGGGACGUCUUCUGCGGCUGAUCAAGUCCUUGAUGAGCACCCUCGAGACAUACGGCCUCAAGGAUGCAGAGAAAGAUCCAUCGCUGCUGGCUGAAAUCCUUUCGGCCUACCGUGCGCUGCAGUCGGCCUUCAAAGAAUACGACAUGGAGGAGCUCUUCGAAGACCCAGAGUACGCCCUCAAGGCCUUCCUGCGCAAUCAUCAUCGGAUUCGCGCAGAGUUCGACAAGUAUGGCCUAGGCUAUUUGUUCGACAGCGUGCCUUCCAUGCGCGAUUUCCUUGCAAAGUACAAGGACAUGGAGCAGGAACUGAAGGCUGUCAAGGAGGCGAGAGCCGGGGAGAGGCUGGCUCAGCGCGACGCCGAUAUGUCCCGGCUCGAGAGUCGGCUCCUCAAGAAGGAAGAGGAGAUCGAGGAUCUGAAGGCUCGGCUGAAGGAGUUCGAGCAGUUGGGCGAUGUGAGCGUAAUGAAGAAGUGGAAGGCGGAUUCCGAGGAGUUGAAGCGCUUGCAGAGGCUCUACAAUUCCACCAGCAGCCGCCUCGCUGAGCUAGAAAGGUCCCUGGAGCUGAAAGAAAAGGAGCGUGAAGCAGCUUUGGAGAAGGAGCGGCUCAUGGCUGUCAAGUACAAGGAGCUGGAUAUCUUCAAGUUAGAUAUCAUCGCCCGUGAGCUCAAGGGCCUCGACAACGAGCUUGGCCGCGUCGGCAGCGGCUUAAAGUCCUUGAAUCAGGACGUGGGCCGCCUGAGGAACUAUGACGAGCAGCAGAUGGUUGGCAACCACAGCGGCAACCUCUUAGACCAAUGCAAGCUUCUGCGCGCACACAUCCGUGAUGUCAUCAACAAGUGCCUCUCUGAAACGCAGAAGAUGCACAUCGGCGUCGGAAUCGACGACUACCUUGCGGCUGGUGAGCUGAAGGACGGCGGCACCAUGAUUGCAGCCGUUUACGAGGAGAUCGAGCGCCCCGACCAUGGCAGUUCGAAGGCGGCAAAGCUCCGCCAACAAGACGAGAGGCGCUAG